AUGGAAACCCUGGUCUCUUCUCCCCCAUCUACAUUGCAUAACCAACACGCACACAACGAAGAUCUCGAAAAUGGCAUUCGUACCGUCUCCAACGGAAAUUUUGUGAAUUCAAUUCAUUUUGUCAAAAACACAUCCAAUUCAGAUCACAGAAAUUUUGGCUUCAACGACAACGAAAAAGGUCCAGCAAUAUUUCAGGACAAUAGCAUGGUCUUAAUUGACCCUGAUUCUCUCGCAAAGUCUGCUGAAGAACCCUCAUCGCAACUUGACUCAUCGUCAAUAAAACGCUCAUCUCAUCGAGAAAUAGUCAAUGUCUCCAAAAAGUACUCUUCGAACUUCUCGCACAAAAAGAAAACUGUUGCAUUCAGUGACGACUUGCUCGUAUCAGACUUUGCCGAGCUCUCCUCCUCGUGCUUCAAUUCCUCAAGAAAAUCGAUUCUCAAACCUUCAACUCCGAGUCAGGUGUUGAAACUCUCCCUCUCCACGGGUCAGAAAAACUCAAAAGUGACCCCUUUUCUCCACACAGUGUCGAGUUCUGGCACUCGGGAUCCAUUGUACAAGUAG